AUGACCAAAUUCGCCUUUGCCAUCUUUGUCGCCGCUGCGGUCGCUCUAGUAGCCUCAAUGUCGAGCGGCCCAGCUGCGGCACGUUUGGAGCCACGCAAGACAGGGCACGUACAGGUGUGCGCCAGCACCACCGCCAAGAAUAAGCCCAACAAGGCCGAUAUCAACAGGCGGAUCGCGGCUCUGAAGCACGCUAAAGCGGCGGCGAGCAACAGCAGCAGCACGGCCGCCUCGCUCGUCGGCGUGACCACUGUCCCCGUUGUCUGGCACAUCAUCACCGAUGGCACACGCGGCUCGAUAAGCCCAGACGUGCAGGCUGCACAGAUGUCAAAGCUCAACGACGACUACGCCAGGGCAGGAAUGCCAUUCCAGUUCCAUUUGACCUCCGCAGACGUCGUCACGAAUGCGGAUUGGUUCAACAACGCGUUUCCGCGAGAAGCUUCUAAGCGCUUGAUGCAGAGAGCCUUGAAGAAGGGUGGAGUAGAGACGCUCAACAUUUACACGACCAACCUGUACGAUGAGGGGCUGGUUGGUUACUCCAGCUUCCCUACCGAUUACCAGGACGAUCCGGAUAGCGACGGCAUCAUAGUAGACUACCGAACCGUUCCGGGCGGCGCAAUUCCCAGCUUUAACAUGGGCCGUGCGAUCAGUCACGAGACUGGUCAUUGGGUGGGCCUCGAACAUCCGUUUGAAGGAUAUUGCGACGGAGGCGACCAAGUCGGGGACACCCCAGCAGAGCGGGUGCAGUCAAAGGGUUGCCCAGAGGGCAAGGACACCUGCCCAGAGAUGCCGGGUCUCGACCCGAUCCACAACAUUAUGGAUUACGCGGACGACUCUUGCGCCAAUGAAUUUACUUCCGGCCAGGUGAACCGCGCAACGAUCAUGACUCAGCAGUAUCGCCACUUUUGA